CUGUGCUCUCUGCGGCUGCCCGUGCGUGCCUGGCGCAUAGAAGUCAAUUGCACCCUGCGGGGGGGGUCAGGCGAGAUGAGCAUCACCUCCGUCCUGAAGACCUUGGAAGGAUGUCCAGUCCUUGGACUUCACUGCCGUGGCUCCCACUCCUCUAUGGCCAAAGCUGCCCAUACGCUGGCCUUCGUUCCCGCCAGCCCUCCUCUGGAUAUGGCAGAAGCCCGGAAGCUGCAGGAGUUUGUCAGCAGCGCCCAGAGACUCUUUGUGUUAACUGGAGCAGGAAUCUCCACCGAAUCCGGGAUCCCAGACUAUCGCUCAGAAGGUGUGGGCCUUUACGCCCAGACAGACAGGCGCCCCGUCCAGCACACAGAGUUUCUCCGGAGCGCCAGAGCCCGCCAAAAGUACUGGGCCAGGAACUUUGUCGGCUGGCCCCAGUUUUCCUCCCAUCAGCCCAACGUCGCCCACCUGGCUCUGAUGAAGUGGGAGGUGCUGGGGAAACUGCACUGGCUGGUGACCCAGAAUGUGGACGCCCUCCACACAAAGGCAGGGAGUCAGCGGCUGACGGAGUUGCACGGCUGCACCCACAGGGUCUUGUGCCUGAGCUGUGGAGACACAAUGCCCCGCACUGAACUCCAGGAGCGCUUCAAGGCCCUGAACCCCACAUGGAGAGCCGAGGCUCACGGAGUGGCUCCUGAUGGAGAUGUCUUCCUUUCAGAAGAAGAGGUGUGCAGUUUCCUUGUCCCCUCGUGCAGCAAGUGUGGGGGCCCCCUCAAACCAGACGUGACGUUUUUCGGAGACACCGUGAGCAAAGAGAAAGUGGACUUUGUGUAUCAGUGCCUGGCUGAAUCGGAUUCUGUACUGGUGGCAGGGUCCUCACUGCAGGUGUACUCUGCUUACAAGUUUGCUCUUGCAGCCCGCGACCGGAAGCUGCCCAUUGCCGUAGUCAACAUUGGACCCACCAGGGCAGAUUCCUUUCUCUCUUUGAAGGUGAACUCUCGCUGUGGGAAGCUACUGCCAUUGAUUGUCCCAAAGUGACCCAGAUCGACAUCCAGGGGAGCAAACCCUCAAGGGAAAAGUAAGCAUCCUCACAAGCUGUUGGGGCCCAGGCAAGUCAGGCCCGUGAUCAGUCAGCUUUGAGGGAAGGGCUGUCUGGUUCCCAUCUGAUGCCAGAACCCACAGGGCAAGGGGAAUCAGGAGCUGCAAGACCACGGAUAGCUCCCAUGGAAGGCCAAGGGUGAGAGCAAGCCUUCUUAUUAAGCUGCUGCCCCAGACUACCUCUCCCAGGCUCUGCCCCCUUGUGCUUAAAUUUAGGAUUCUUAAAGGGUCAGCCCUCUGGCCUGGAAAAUGGCUAGGGAACUGAGGAAGAGUGCCCAUUUGCCUGGUGCACUCCCUGGAACGGUGUGGCAAGCAUUUGUCUCCCAUGAGGGUCUGGGCUCUGGCCCUAUAGAUACAAGAGGUUCUUCUGGGGGCCCAUGUUCCUCACCCUCUGUGGUCUUCUGAUCUCCAGCAACGGGCUCAGAGCCCUGCGCCUGGUCCGACACCUGAGCUGGACCUUCUCUAGCCUCCAACUCACAGUCUCGGUUGCUGCCAGACUCUGUUGUGACAAACCGGCUGUGGGACAGAGGGUCCACAGGCAGAAAUAACGUAGGCCAAGAUCCAGUGGGAAGCACUGUAGGCCAGUCACAUAGCCUAAUACUAGAAAACUUCAGUUCCUGAAGUACCAGCAUGGUCAGCUACUCUUGAUGACAAUUUGGUCAGCUUGAGGAGCCAUGCCUUAACCCAGUUAUACAAGGUCCACAGAGCCCCCACCGACUCCCUCAAAAUGCCUGAACCAGCUAGGUUCAGUCUCCCUGCCAACGGAGAGUCAGCCGAUGGUUGAGGCUUCAAAGCGUCUCUGCCCUGCUUCUGGGAUAUGGGACCCCCCACAGCUUAGCUGGAUGAUGACUAAUGAUCAACCCAGGUCCUAGCAAUUAAGCCCCUGCUUCUUCUGAUGACUCCAGGUUCCCAUGGCCCAUUCAGAAAGUUGUUUCGGGGCAAAAGAGCCAAGAGGCAGGGCCUGCAGAAACAGCUCUCCGAGGACCCCAGGCUGCUCACCUGUUUCUAGCGCAGCUUCAAAACGACUUUCCUGCUUAUAUAAACCUCUUGGGUUCGACAGUGACUGGUUGUGGUCUUUGGUGCAACCUGACAGAACAGAACCUGGCUCUGUGCCAUCUUGUCCCGUUCAGCACCAUGGAUGGUUCCGUCUUUGUUUGAAGAGACUGGAGCAGAACCACUCCAGAAGGCCUUCCAUCUUGCCAGCCGGUCAGCCACCAGCUCUUGAGGGGAGGGGGGAGGAAUUCAAAUAGAGGGCUCAGUUCCUCUGGCAUGCAGAGUCGGAGGAAAACAUCUGGGACAAGGGCAGGCAUCAUGUGACAAUUGCCUUUGCCAACCUGGAGCCCUCCGCUUAUUUGGGACUACAAAUCCCAUCAGCCCCAGCCAGCACAAAAUUGCAGUCCAAUCCAUCUGAAGGGCACCCGGUUGGCAAAGGCUGCACUGCAUGGACACUGCUCCUGCCUCAGUGACUUAAGUGGGAUUUAAGCUGCUCAAAUGCAUCUGCAGCAAGUAUGCCUCAACUGGAGAGUUGAACAAAGGAACCAACAGCAGUCUAGACUUUGUGUAUUGCCAUAGUUCAAGAGAACCACAGAAAAGCCAGAGAAUUGAGCUUCCUGGGAAUUUCAGCUUUCAUUUUGAGAAAGGUUUCUAGUCCUUGUGGUUGGAGAGAGAUAGCUCUCUUCAAACUAAUAGCAGUAUUUCUUAUACCUUCUUUUCAUAAGGGAUAAGACAGGCAGGCAGCUGCCUGAUAAAAAUUACUACAUCAAGAGUACCAUUAACAUCAGGCACAAAACAAAACACAGGGUAUAAAUACAAGCAUUAAGUGGUAGAAAGGAUGCCAGUCCCGUCAUGACCCAAAGGCCCACCCAGACAAGGAGGUCUUAAGCUGUCACCUGAAUGAAGGUAAUGUGGGAGACAGCCUGAUCUCCACUAAGGUGGCCAUUUCCCAAGAUUUCACUGAGGUAAAAUUUUUGGGGAGCGGAAGCUUCAGUGGCCCCGGCACAGCUCCCCCAGACUAGCACAAGCAAAAUAUGAAAGUUGCAGAAUGAAUUAUGCAAAAUAAGAGAAUUGGUGUAUAUUUGCAUAAUUUAUACAGAUCGCAGAAAUCAGCAUUUCUUGCUGCAGAAUUUGAGCUUCAAUAGUGCUGCUUUUUGGAAAGAGGGAGCAAAGGGUUAGUCCUGACUUUUGGCUGUUCAGAGUUUUGCUGAAGAAGCACAACGGAGGAGGAGGAGGAGGAGGAGGAGGGUUGACCGUUAUGCGGAGGAUGUUCCAGGCAGGAAUGGGAGACGGACUCCAAGUGGAGCCGGCCAUCACCCAAUCACAAUCAACCAUCCUGGUCUGGACAGACCGUCUAUCCUGGUAUAAGGCAGAUUCCUCUGUUUCUUCCAGGCAAGGAUUGCACCUCUUCUGGACCCAGAUAGAAAUGUAAUGGAUAAAAUGAAAUACAUUUAUUUCACUGCACUGGACAGGCCAGUGGAUGGAAUAUUUACUUCUUCAUUAAAGAACUUUUCUAGACAGCUUAAUAAAAUCUCUGUCUACCACAAACUCAAGUUUACAAUAAAACCAUCAAUAGGAAACCACUUUGUGCAUCAUCAUAAAACGCAAAUACAAAAUACAGCACCGUAAGAUACAAAGGUAAGGUCAUACCCCAGUGAUACAACACCUGCUUUGCAUGCAGAAGGCCCCAGAUUCAUUGUGGAGCUUGAUGCACCAGUGGUUUGACUAACUGUAAGCACCUUCCUAGGAUCCUGAAGGAAAAAGUAAAGGUAAAGGUGUCCCUGAACUUGUAGUGCGGGUCGUUUCCGACUCUUAGGUGACGUCUUGCGACGUUUACAAGGCAGACCGUAUUUAUGGGGUGGGAUUGCCAGUUCCAUC